AUGCAGAGAGAGUGGAAGAGACAUGACUUUAACUUUGACAAUGUUGGUAACGCCAUGCUCACGCUGUUUACUGUUAUGACCUUUGAGGGAUGGCCAGGGUGAGUAGUCAUAAAGUGUUCAAAGAAAUGCACCCCCCCCGCCCCCCAUUGGAAAUCAAGUGAGUGCAUCACCAGCACUAGCGCAAUUUAUGGGGCGUUUUAAUCGAGAAACACGUUUCUUUUUAUAUAUCUAAGCUUUUGAGAAUUUAUAAGAACGCUGGAGAAGCUCUUAAGGAUGACUGUUGUCGUGUGACUUUUUCCAUAGUAAAAGGGAGCUCUAAAUAUUGUUACUUUUAUUGAAAGCAAGUGAAACCUCUUCAUCUGUUGCGCCUACUGGUACCGUUUGUAUUUCGGUACUUAAUAAUACAAAAUUUAUUGAGAAAGAUCGUCCAAAACUGUUUGUAUGGCUAUUUUUUUUACAGUAUUUUGGAGAAUUCAAUUGACUCGACUGAGGCAGACCAAGGACCCCACCAAAACAACCGUCCAUGGGUCGCUAUCUACUACAUAAUAUAUAUCAUAAUCAUCGCCUUUUUCAUGGUCAACAUCUUCGUCGGUUUUGUGAUUGUCACAUUUCAAAGCGAAGGAGAAGAAGAGUUUAAAGGCUGUGAACUUGACAAGAAUCAGGUUAGCGAGAACACUUUUGCUGUUUUGUUUCUUUGUGUUUUUGAGGCUAAGGUGCCUGUCCUGAUAUUAGUUCUUUAGAGUCUCACGAAUAGACUUAGCGUAAGCUCAAUAUGAAAAUGAGCUGGCACAAUAAAAACUUUAGAUCAACGGGAAGGAAACCAUGUCGAGUUUACUUUCGCAAAGACUUAUAGAAAAAAUAAAAAAUAAUGAAACAAAUAAUUUAAAAAAAACAUAAUAUGAUUAAGAAUCCCAACUGGUAGAAGGCGAACCAGUUUGCUAUUUUACAAGAAUGGUCGAGGAACAAAUCCAGCUAGCGGCCAAGGCGGGACUUGAACUCGGGGCCUCUGAAUCGCAAGUCUAGCGCACUAACCGCUCGGCCACGCUGGGAAUGUUACUGGGGACAGGAGAAAAAUUGGUCAAUAGAUGACUGGCGAUCAGUAGCGAUCCUAGAAACUUUGCCGAAAACUAACUCGUCCCAGUUUGUUUCGCAUUUCUAAAGUGGCGAGUGGUCAAGAACCGACAGAAGUACGAAUUGAGGACACCGUUUUAAAGUCUCCAGCUGGAGACAAGAUGGCUAUUUUGACUUGGUCAUCCGAGCCACACGCAGGUCUUGCCCUUUGUAGGACUAUGGCAGUGUGAUAGCGGGUGAACCUGCGACCACAGAAAUAAAAUUUUCUUGUUUUUUCCGUGUAAUGUUUUCAGCGUCAGUGUAUUGAGUUCGCUCUGAAGGCCAAACCAUUGAAAAGGUACAUUCCAGAUAACCGCCUCCAGUUCCAUAUAUGGCGUGUGGUGACGUCACAGGCAUUCGAGUACCUCAUCUUUGCUUUCAUUGUGUGCAACACAGUGGUGCUGAUGAUGCAGGUAUGUAUAACUGUGUCAUGGUACUGCGCGUGGCGUGCUCUAUCCGGUGCAAGUGUUACGAGAGUCACGCUAUGUCGUCACACUGUGACAUUUAGAUUGAAUUGCUGUUGCAAUUAAGUUGGUGUAACGUUUUAAUGUGACUUAGUCCAAGUACUCCUUACACAUUGGCUGCGCCACAGACUGAACUAAACUUCUGGUUAAUCCCUCUGCGACACAGCGCCACCGCCUGUGUGUUAGGAUUUGAGUAUGCGCUAUAAAAGCCAUUGUCGAUUUGCUAAUCAGGUUGAAGGGAAAUUUGAAACACAUUUCUGGUAAUUCGUUGAGUCCGUUAGAGGCCUAGAACAAGGAUAUCGGUGAAUGGUUACACCAAUCAAUUUUGUUCAGAGUCUUACAUGGCUCCAUUACCAGCUGUUGGAGGCACAGUGUAAACAGUUGGUAGGAAACCUAACUCUACGUCUGACUUCCACGUUUGUGUUUAGUUAUGUAUAAUAGGCCAUUUUACAGUUGUGUGCAUAGUGCCCUGGCCUUUGAAUAGACGCGAGGCUGGCGGUGACCUUGUUUUGUUACAAACCUGCCUGCUUUUCAAGUGGAAAUCGUGGUAUUCUCAUGUUAACAAGCCCGUGAACAUGAUCAUUUACAUAUGAAAAACAAGAAGGUUUGUAACAAAACAAGGUCACCGCCAGCCUCGCGUCUAUUCAAAGGCUAGGGCACUGAGCACACAACUGUAAAAUGGCCUAUGGACUGUUUUCUUGUUUUCUCUCCUCUUUCUCAACAGUAUUAUGAAGAACCUAAGUUAUACACCCGAGUGUUAGAUGGCUUCAAUAUUGGGUUCACUGCAGUGUUUCUUCUGGAGUGCAUUCUCAAGCUUAUAGCUUUUAAACCUAAGGUA